CGAGUACUUAAGUGCCAGGUUCCCCUGCCUUCCCGCAAGCCUUUUGUACACCGAAGACAUCGUCUUUGUGGUAAUUCUUUCUUUGAGCACUGACCCCCACACCCAACUGGUAUAUAAGUCUGUGUUUUCCAGUGCAGCAUUCCAACUUCUGCGCGUGUCUGCUACUGCAACUCGGUGAAUAACAGCGGAUCCCCGUUUGUUUGUACGUUAAUUCAACCUCAUAGGCGCAAUUGUCUGUCUUUGUGAACAGACUUCAAGUCGCUGAUACUCGAAAACGGAUUUCGAACCUAUUUUGUCUUUUACGACGAAUUGAUUAAGAACGCCUCCAAAAAAAUAAUUUUACUGCUAAUUACGCGUUUAUUAAGUGGAGCGUUAUCUCUUUUUCUUGUUUUUCUCGUUAUUUUGCAUUUUGGUUUAGAACGGUUCACGCGUUUUAUUAACCUUAAUUUUUAAACUAUCGGCUACGCGUUAUUGCCCGUGUUUUUAUCAAUUGUGUGUUUUCUGAACAAAUAUUUGUCUCAAAAACGCGUCUAUUGCAAAGCUUUGAAUCACUAAAGAAGUAAUUAAGGCACAUCUAUCUUUUAUAUCCCGUAUUUGCUCUUUUGGAACCGGAUCACCAGAAUUUCUGUUCUUUAUCAGCAAGGAAUACCAAAUACAACAACAAAACUGCUGCAAGUGCAAUAAAUUUGUACUUCAUUACAACUACUGCUCGUCAUGGAGAACGAAAAGGCUAGUAGAUAUCAUGACGGUUCGAGUUCGACACAUUCGUCUCGCUCGGCCGUUGAUGAAUAUGGAAUGGCUCCUAUUGAGAUGACGCCUUCCCGUAUGCUUGACAUGCAAGGCAAUCCUUUGAACCGGACAACCUCUCGUCAAUCUGAGACACUAUUCCCCAACGGUGUUGAUUUGAAUUAUCCAUUUACAACUACUCGUGGUGCUCCCGAUGUCGCUGAAUACAAUCUCGAAACCCAAGAGGGUUUGUAUCGAGAUCCUACAAUUAAUGAAGAGGACGAAGAGCUCGUAACCUGGACACUCAAUGAUCCCGAGAACCCUCACAACUGGUCCAAGGGGUGGAAAUGGUAUAUCACUCUCGUCAACUCUCUUCUUGUUGUUUGUAGUGCUUUCGGUUCGUCUGUUAUUGCUGGUGACUUGGAGGACGUGAGUCGAGACCUUCAUGUCGGCCCUGAGGUUGCCAAUCUUGCUUGUUCGUUGACUGUGCUCGGUUUCGGUGUCGGUCCUCUUGUCAUCAGUCCAUUGAGUGAAAUGAUCGGUCGCCGUAUCGUGUAUCUUGUUGCCCUCGCCAUUUACAUUGUGUUCCAGAUUCCCUGUGCUCUUGCUCCCAACAUUGCUUGUCUUCUGGUCUGCCGUUUCAUCAGUGGUCUGUUUGGCUGUGCUCCUUUAACGUUGGCAGGUGGUGUCUUGUCCGAUAUUUGGGAGACUCGUGAUCGUGGUUUGGCCAUUGCUUUCUUUGCUGCCGGUCCCUAUGCAGGUCCCACUAUUGGUCCUUUGGUCGGUGGUUGGAUUGGUGUUUGCACGAAGGAUUUCCGUUGGAUUUUCUGGGUGAACAUGAUUUAUAUGUUCGUCAUGUACUUGCUUAACCUUCCUAUUCCCGAGACGUAUGCUCCUGUCUUGCUUCGCUGGCGUGCUCAGCGUAUCCGUAAGGAAACGGGCCGCAAGGUGUACACUGCUCAAGAGAAACAAAUGAUGACUUUGAGAGAAAUUAUACAAGUCAACUUGUUGCGUCCUCUUUCGCUUUUGGCUACGGAGCCCAUUUUGUUGUCUAUCAGUCUGUACAUUGCUCUUGUGUACGCUCUGCUGUAUGGUUAUUUCUUUGCCUAUCCCAACGUUUUCGUUAAGGGUAAGGGUCUCAAUGAAGGUAUUACCGGUCUCAUGUUCAUUCCUGUUCUGGUCGGUGUCUUCUUUGCUUUGCUUACAACCCCGUUUAUUGAAAAGCAGUAUAUGGCAAAGUUGGAUGCUAACAAUGGCAAGUCAAUCCCCGAAUGGCGUUUGAUUGGUAUGCUGAUUGCAGCACCCUUUAUUCCUUUGGGUUUGCUAAUUUUCGGCUGGACAAGUUAUCCGCAAUUGAUUUGGAUUGGUCCUGCCUUUAGUGGUGCACCUUUCGGUUACGGUAUGGUGCUGUUUUACUUCAGUGCAAACAACUACCUUAUUGAUGUGUAUCAACGCUUCUGUGCAUCUGCAUUGGCCGCCAAGACUAUGGUCCGUUCAGCUGGUGGUGCAGCAUUCCCUAUGUUUAUGGAUUAUUUGAUGGACGGUAUGGGUCGUGAAUGGGCUUUCUUCUUGUUGGGUAUGAUUGCCGUUGGUGUCAUUCCAAUUCCGUUUAUCUUCUACUUCUACGGAGCAGAUAUUCGUAAGAAGUCCAAGGCUGCCAUUGUAUAGGCGGCCUCUUGAACUUCGUCUUCCAAACAAUUGGCAGACGAUAAUCAUGACGAACAGCGACAAAGGAGUACGAGCAUGUUUCUCAAUGUGCACGACAAAACCACUGUUAUGUCUCCCAUGAGUAGGUGUUCUGCUCCUUCCUUCAUUGCCGGCUCGUCUAUUUAUGGCCAGGUGCGGCUGUACAAUUCCAAACAUUUACUACUUUCUUUCCUAUGAUUUUUAUCAACGUUUUCUAUUUCACUGUGCACUUUUUUCUUUGAACUCUUCCUUCUCAAACUCUCUUCUUCCUCCUCCGUUCUAGCACAACAUAAUCCCUUCUGCUACUUCUUUCCCUACUUCCAGUGUUAUCCAUCCAUAUAGAUCUAAUGAGACUGGUCGUCUUGGAUCUUGCGAACUGAAAGGGACGUUCUCUUGGUACAGGUGAAUGCCAGGUGCAAGAACCUUUUACCUUUUAUCCUCCUAAUAUUGAGGUAGAACUCGGGAGAACUAUGAUGUGGGUUAUAAAGGUAAUGCUUGUAAACGUACUGACAGCGGUUGCGCCGUUGUUUGGUUGUUUCGAGAAGUCUUUAACCCAUUCCACUAGUCAAGGUCGAUAUCUCUUUUGCUACAGCUUUUGUCUAGUGCUCUCCCCCAUUCCACCUCUGUUCCAUUUUUAAUGAGCAGGCCGCAGAGAAUGACCAUGUUUCGCAAUUGUUAAAAAUUUUAUAAGAAUUGUCUGGGUACCAUCAUGCUAGCUUCGUCCACUGUAUGUGUCGUUCUCUUCAGUAACACCCAGAUUGAGUGCUCUCGCUUAUAUUUGUUCUGCUGAAGUAAAGGGUAUUCUUGCUGUGUGCGGUCCAUGUGUAAAACAUUGUCGCGAAAAGGUAGAGAUGCAGUUUUCUAGUCACUAGAUCUGCAUAUGAGCAUUUAAGCAAUGAUAGUUAUUAAACGCGGAGAAGGCGGCAAAGAGUACAGGGAUUCUAAAUAUGGGAAAGUAGGAAAAUUCGUUAAAGGUAUCUUAAAUUGUUCAAUAGCAGAUAAAGCUAGUAUUCGGAGGUGGUAUGCCAAGUGGUAUCAGUCGGAACGAUGUCAGAUGCCAAUGGUGAUGUGAAAAACAAAAAUGGGUGUGACAAAUUGAACAAAGUGACAGAGCCAAUCACGUAGUUGUUAAAUAACAAAAGAAUGUUUUGAUUUUAAAUGAAAA